ACCAGCUGUUGCUGUCAAAACUCACUAGCGAGUUUGGAAGUAAGCAGCAUACACAUCAACAACAGCAGCACCAUGCCGGGGCGAUCAGCGGACGAGUGGAUCCGGUUGUCCCUCCGCACACCGGGCAUCCUGAUCUUCGGGAUGGUUUUGGCUCCCUGUGGCUGGAUCCUGGACCUGACCGCCACCGUGGCCCCAAACUGGAGGACCAUCCACAACAUCCCCAACACUCCGUCCGACCAGUUCAUCCAGCAAGGCAUAUGGGACAUCUGCAGGGCCACUUCAACCAGCUCGAGAGAUGAGUGCAACCUCGAGGACACCACGUAUUUCAGCAACCAGAUCAUCAGGGUCGCCCAGGGGUUGAUGGUGGCCUCCCUAAUCGUGACUCUUCUCGGGCUGGCCGUGGCCAUCCCGGGUGUUCGCUGCUGGAAAGAUAGGCCUAACUGGACAGUGGCCGGCCUGGGCGGACUGCUGAUCUUCCUCUCGGGCGUCAUGACCAUCAUACCCAUCGCCUGGUACACCCACAUCCACCGAGAAAUCUCCUCGGUGAGCCCGCUCGCAGAUGUGGAAGUCGGCUACAGCAUCGUUCUGGGCUACAUCGGAGGGAUAUUCGAAGUCCUGGGCGGCUUCGUGAUGUUCAUCGGGAUCUGCCGUUGCUGCGGAGGUAAGAACAGAGGGGAGAGACGGGUUGAGGAGGUCAUGGGCACCCGGUUCAGCCACCAGAAGCCGCCGCCGAGACGAGUUGAAGUCCCAAACCUGAACCGUUCCAGGAGCAGCGCCAGCAGCAGCGUGCCGUACUCCAAGGACUCCAUGGAUGAAGAUGUGUCCUUCCCCAGGGCAAAGAGCCCCGCCCGGUCAGUCAACACCUCCUACAGCGGCAGACCCUACGAUGCCGACUUAUGAGGCGCAGGUAACCCACAUCUGGAGACGCACUAAACACCCCAAAGGAGAGGGAAACAACUUCAAGAUGGACAUUUGUAAAAGGGGCUGAGGGUGGAAAAUAUUCUAAGAAGAACCCAUGGUAAUUAGACAGUGACUUCAUAACAUCACAAAUCUAGUCCACUGUCAGUCAAAGUGUACCCAUAUGUAAUAUUCUGGAGAACUUAACAUGAGUACUUUAAAGUGACCACACACUAAUUGCUGAGUGAUGUAGAAUUAUUAUGAGGCCAUAAAGUAACACUGUGGAAAUAUUUCAGUCGUACUCAGAGAACAAACAGGCUGACUUAAAAAUUGGGAAAUUACUGCAAAUUCACAGUUAAGUGAAGCAGCUUUAAAGGCCAAUUGAGUAAGAGAGUGUUUCAUCAUUAGUGAAGUGAUUCUUCAGACAUCUAUGAUAGUGUGAAAAAAGUGACAGAUCCAUGGCUGAAGUUUGAUGUGACUGUAAAUGAGACUUCUUAUGGGCUCAGUUGGGUUAUUAUUAACGCUGACAUUAUGAUAAUACACCAGAUGCCUAUACAUGAAGCAGUUAUGGAAGGUGAAGGCAUUCUGUAUUAUUGUAACAGUGAAAGAUAGAGAGAAAACCUACUUUGUUUUGAAGAAAAUUGAUACCGAGUUGAAAUUUAAAGUGGCUGUCUUUCACAUUCUGCUGAUGCUGAACUCCAUUUGUAAAUAGUCAUGUUUAAGGAAGCAUUUGCAUUUUUUUUUUCUGUGUAAACUGCCCAAUUUUUUUUCCUCCAUUUUUGUGCGAAUACUGUAUUUUUAUGCACUUUACGAUUAUAACCAACCCUGUAAGACAAUGGGCCACCUGUUGAAAAAAAAAAAGCAUCCUGAGGAUCAACGUUGUUCUAAAUGCUCUGUGAUACAAGUGCUGUGUAUUAAAUGUGCAUUGUGUUUUCUAAAAA